UUAUGUAGACUGAGUGUCUUCGGUUUAUCUUCAGAUAUGUUUCAUUAAGCAGUAGUUAAGAUCCACACUAUAUAAAGAAAUGAUCGUCGAGUCCGAGGAAGAGCUCGACGGACACUCUAGAUAAUCUCCCGAACAGAUUUGAAACACCGGUGUUGAGAACAUGUAGGAGAAGUUGUUGAAUGCAGUUCCGAUGUUUGUGUUCUCGCCUCUUUUCCGUCUCAGAUUAUUUAUAUACGAGUUUUUUCGUGAGGCUUUCAGAGAUGGAUUAAACAAUUUUGUGCCACUUACGACUUGGAAGUAAAACAAUAACACUCCUUGAAGUUGUUAUUGCGAAUAGCAAAGUCUCCGUUCGCCGAGCAAUGUGCUUGGUAUCCAAUAUGGCUGCCCGUCUACAGUAUGCGGCGUUAGUUUGCUGUUUAUAAGCGUUUUUGGUGGCUUAUUUCGCAUUAAACCGAUUACACACAUAUUAAGCUAAUAUAUAGUUUUUAACAAAUCCACAAACGUGUUUUGUCUCCAGAAAAUGGAGACAAUAUCGGGAUUGUGUUGCUAACAUUAGCCACCCUUCAUCUAUAUSGGAACGGUUAGACAUGUUUCAUACGGUAUAUUGGCAAGAAUGAAAGGCUAAAUAUGAAAUGAUAUUAAGUUGUAAGUAACCAGUAAUAUGAAACCUGUUUGACUUGCGUUGGACCAUGCGGCUUAUGCGAAGGUGCGUCCUUUCUGUGUGUUUUUCUUUGACCGCCAGGGGGCUCUUUAGCAGGAAGUGAAUCAUAGGACGUCAAAGUUGGAAAUCAAAGAAGAAAGCUCCGGRUUUUCAUUUAGCACAAACACAAGCUAGCAGCAGGCACRAAGGAGCUUUUCUUUCAAACUCAUACCCCUUCAUUAUGGAAAUCACACGAAGAACUUCAUAUAAUGCCGCUUUUAAGUUGAAGGCUAUCGACAUCGCAGUAAGGGAGGGAAAUAGAGCCGCUGCACUUAAAUUUGGCGUGAAUGAAUCAAUGGUUCGGCGUUGGAGACGGCAGCAGGUAGAACUUACUGAAUGCCAAAAGACGAGAAAGGCUUUCAGAGGACAAGACAGCAGGUGGCCUGAACUUGAAGAUGUUCUUGAGGAUUGGGUAAACACUCAGAGAGCAGGCGGCCGAGGUGUAUCCACCUUGCAAAUCCGGCUGAAUGCCAAAUCAAUUGCCCGCCAAAUGAAUAUUGACAAUUUUAGCGGAGGACCGUCCUGGUGUUUUAGAUUUAUGAAAAGAAAGAACCUGUCCWCUGGGGCAGGGACACGCCUCUUUCAGCAACUCCCCCCGGACUACCAGGAAAAAGUUACAAAUUUCCGACAAUUUGUUGAGGCAAAGAUCGUGGAGAGCGCCAUCGGACCAGACAACAUUAUAAAUAUGGGUGAAGUGCCAUUGACAUUUGACAUGUCUCUGACCAAGAUAGGUGAAUCGUCCAUUUUGGAGAAAACCAAUGGACACGAGAGGACAUAUUUCACUUGUGUCCUGGGCUGCACCGCUUCUGGACAAAAGCUYCCACCGAUGGUGAUUUUCAAGCGCAAAACUAUGCCGAAUGACCAACUCUCGAAGGACAUUGUAGUUAAAGUCAACCAGAAAGGACGGAUGUCAGAAUAUCUGAUGAAGGACUGGUUAACGGAGUGCUACGGAAAGCGCCCAGGAGGAUUUUUUCACCUGAAAAAAGCGCUGCUUGUUUUGGACAGUAAGAGGGCCCACAUCACCAAUUCGGUAAAAGCAGUCAUCAAGAGAACCAGCUCAAUUCCAGCUGUUAUUCCUAGAGGUACAGAAAAGUAUUUGCAACCCCUUGACAUCAGUGUGAAUCGGGCAUUUAGAGCAGCAUUCAGGGGUGAAUGGAAGGCUUGGAUGAGAAGCGGGGACAAAUCCUUUACAGAAAYUGGCCAAAUGCGAAGAGUGUCAUUUUCUGAGGUCUGUCAGUGGAUCCUAGCAGCGUGGAGCAGAGUGAAUGAAUCCACCAUCAUCAGUGGGUUCCGAAAGGCUGGACUGCUGCGUGAAGAGGGCACCACAGCUUCAGAGCCAGCUUUACCCCGGGAUGACUGCAACACGGAGAGUAACACUGACAUAGAGGMAGAAAAGGAUUAUGUUGAAAUGGAGCAGCUCAGCAAGGAAGACAGGGACUUCAGUUCGCACCAGAAGAAAGCAGAACCUCUGCAAAUUAAAGAAGAGCAAGACGGGGCAGAACAUCAACGGAUGAGAGGGGAUCAGGAGGAACGAAAUCCCCCACACCUUAAAGAAGAGCAGCAGGAGUUUGAAGCUUCCCAAAUAAAAGAGGAAGACGAGGAACUCUGUGUCAGUCAGGAUGAAGAUCAUCUUCUGCUGAAGUGGAAGACGUAUACCUUUGAGGUUUCUCCUGUAAACGAAGAAAAAUACCACCUUGAACCAGACGGGAACCAACUGGACCUCCAGGAUGCUGCUGAAGCCGAGAACCAGAUUCAGGAAGAAAACGACUCACAAUUAAAGCAAGAUGAAGAUCUGGAAUCAAAUGGGAAAUAUUGGAAAAAUCUGUUCUCUGGAGAAAUGCAUGAUGGKUUUUUUCCUCAAGAUGGCAGGAAACGCAGGAGAAUCCACACAGCUCGCUUACAAAGCGUUUAUUUCGUGGAUGAACCGCGUGUAGAAGAGGAGUCGACAACAGCGGCUGUAGGUGAGGCAAAGUUCGCUGAGGUUGAGAGCCUGGAGUCUCACCCGUGGCCCCACCUGAAGGACUACUUUUUUUUCGAGGCCAGGGAUAAAGCCAACGAAAAAACCCUCCACUUCCAGUGCGUCCUGUGCCAGCCCAAGAAGAUCACCAUCAAGGGACAAGCGAAGAGUCUGUACAAUUUAAAGUCGCAUAUCAACCGGAAGCAUCCGGCGCACGCCACCCAGUUCGAGGAGGACAUCAAGGCCGGCUCUUCCCGUGGGAAACACAGGCUAUCUGUUAGCAGCAGCACUAGUAGCCAGUCAUCACAGCCAUGUGCAAAGAGAGCGCGGCAGCCCAGCUUUGGUGAGACUUCUUGCAAAACAGCUGGGACUGACGUCAGCCAGUCUAUGGUGGACAAACAGAUUGUGGACCUGUUUGUCCACAACUUGCUACCGUUACAUGUGGUGGAGUCCCCCACCUUUGUUGACCUGAUAAAGAUGUUGAACCCCAGCAUGACGUCUAUGUCCCGCCGCGACCUGAGCAGGAGCAUCUCAGCCAGCCGCGAUCAGCUGGAAGAGCACCUCAUAAGAUUGCUUGAGGACAUCCCCUGGGUUGCCACCACUGCGGACUGCUGGUCGGCCCACAACAAGUCCUACCUGGGCAUGACGGCACAUUGGCUGGACCCCAAGACUCGCGCAAGACGGCACGCGCUCCUGGCCUGCACUCGGGUCAAAGGUCAUCACUCCUCCGACGUUCUCGCCCAGGCCAUGCUAGACACCCAUUCCAAGUUCAAUCUGCAAGACAAAGUGACCAGAACCACGACGGACAACGGCAAAAACUUUGUGAAGGCGUUUGUGCAGUUUGGUGCAGAAGCCGAGUUCUUGCCAAACAUUCCUGAAGCCGCUGCCGAGUUGGAAGAAGAUUGGAUCCAGGAYGUGGAUCCUGAAGCCGGAGGCGUGGAGUACAUCUCCGUUGAUGCCACCCUUGACAAGUCCAGCAGCCUGGGCCUUAAACUCCCGGCGCACAUGAAGUGUGCCGCUCAUACCUUUAAUUUGGUAGCCAGCGUAGAUUCCAGCGAGGCUCUGAACUGCGCCCUGUUCAGGUCAGCCUACAGGAAGGCCAUGUCCAAAGCCCGGGCGCUGUGGUGCCUGCAGAGCCGCAGCACGGUGGCGGCAGCCUGCGUAUUUGAUGUGUUGGAGAGGAGGUUGGUGGUCCCCGACGGUAAGAGAUGGAACUCAACUUAUGACUCUGUUGUGGUCCUCAACGGCCUGCUUGAGAAAAGCAGGGAUGYUGUGAACAAGGUGAUGACGCAGCUGAAGCUGCAGACCUUCACCAGCUCUGAUGUCGGCUUCCUGAGUGAAUACGUCCAGGUGAUGUGUAUCAUCGCCAAGGCUUUGGAUAAAAUCCAGGGGGAGGACCAGGCCUACCUCGGUAGCCUUCUGCCAACAGUCGCGGCCACCGUGAUGAGGCUGAAGGAGGUCAAGUUAAAGCGUCUGCUGCACUGCGGUCCUCUGGUGGACGCCAUACUGGCAGGCAUCUCUAAAAGGUUUAUGCCGCUCCUGGAGGACCUGGAGUGCCAGCUGGCCGCUGCCUUYCAYCCCAAGUUUCGUCUGUUCUGGUUGGAGCAGUUCAACAAGAGCCAGGUUGGCAGCGUGACCAAAGCAAUGGAGGCGGUCGUACAGACGGGCCUGAGCGCACGCAGUGAGGAGGGCAGCAACACCUCCAGCAACGAGGAGGAGGAUGAGGAGGAGGAGGAAGACGACUUCUUCAGCAACAUCACUCGGUCCUGUGACGGCAGGAGCCACAGGUCGCAGAAAUGGAAGGCUCAGAACCUGGUGAAGACCUGGCUGGAGGCCGGAUCCAAGGACGCCAUGACGGAUCGGGCCUUUCUGGGCGAACAGGUCCUGAUCGACUUGUUCAUCAAAUACAACACACCCGUCCCGUCCAGUGCCGCCGUCGGGCGCCUGUUCUGUCAAGGCCACAGCGUUCUGAGGGCCGGCGUGUCGGAUGUUGGCUUUGAGAGUCUGAUGUUUAUGAAGGGAAACCAGCAUCACAUGGCGGACAUGACCAAGGCCCAGCUAGAGUAGCUGCACUGCAAAAACACAAAAUGCUUUUGCCAACUUUGGUCUAUUUCUAGUCCAAAUAUGUUUCUAAGCUUGAAAUAAGACAAAACUAACUUAUAUGUAACUUUUCAGCAAGCUAAUGGAGCUUUUUUUUUUUUUUUG